AUGAACACCACGCUGCACUACGGACUCGUCCAAAUCUACAAUGCUAGGAAUCGCAGUGCUGCCAGCAUGCCUGUCCACAGAGACAGUCCGGUCGGGAAAGACUCGCCUUCGUCCUCGCAAGGAUGCUACAAACAGCUGCUAAUCUCCACUGAGGUGUUCCUCACACUGGGCAUCAUCAGCCUGCUGGAGAACAUCCUGGUGAUAGCGGCUAUUGCCAAGAACAAGAACCUGCACUCGCCCAUGUAUUUCUUUAUCUGCAGCUUAGCUGUAGCGGACAUGUUGGUUAGCGUGUCCAAUGCUUCAGAAACAAUUGUUAUUGCCUUGAUCAGUGGCGGUAACGUCUCAAUCCCGGCUGGAGUGAUCCGCAGCAUGGACAACAUCUUCGAUUCUAUGAUCUGCAGUUCAUUGUUAGCGUCCAUCUGCAGCUUGCUAGCUAUCGCUGUUGACCGCUACAUUACCAUCUUCUACGCGCUGCGCUACCAUCACAUUGUAACAGCCCGUCGCACGCUGGCAGUCAUUAGCUCUAUCUGGGCUUGCUGCACCAUCUCAGGUGUCCUUUUCAUCGUUUACUCAGAAAGCACCACCGUACUGGUGUGCCUCAUUAGCAUGUUCUUCACCAUGCUAGCCCUCAUGGCUUCGCUAUAUGUCCACAUGUUCUUGCUGGCGCGUCUCCACAUCAAGCGCAUAGCGGCCCUGCCAGGCCACGCGCCCAUCCGCCAGAGGGCCAACAUGAAGGGGGCGGUGACCCUGACCAUCCUGCUGGGCGUGUUCGUGGUGUGUUGGGCACCGUUCUUUCUGCACCUCAUCCUUAUGAUCACCUGCCCCAGGAACCCCUACUGUGCCUGCUUUAUGUCCCACUUCAACAUGUACCUCAUCCUCAUCAUGUGCAACUCCAUCAUCGACCCGCUGAUCUACGCCUUCAGGAGUCACGAAAUGAGGAAAACCUUCAAGGAGAUCUUCUGCUGCUGGUACAGCCUGCCCAACAUUUGUGUAUCUGAGCCACCAGAAUCGUGCUAA